AUGUCAGUCGACGAAUCGCUUAGCAGAAAAGUCAAGGACAUUGCUGCCGGUUUUGUGGGUGGCGCCACACAGGUCCUUAUAGGGCAGCCCUUCGACUUGGUGAAGAUCAGGCUUCAGACGAGCCCCAGCGGAGCCACCACUACCAGCAUCGUGAAGCAAGUCAUCCAAAAAGAAGGCCCAUUGGCAUUCUACAAAGGCACUUUGGCCCUCUUUUCGGUGUGGGAGCAUUUGCUCAAGUACUCUGGCAAACUGGAGCUCCUGCUCUGGCCUCAAACAUACUUGGCUGGUGCGGCAGCAGGUCUAGUCAAUUCCCCAGUCACCGCGCCAGUAGAGCAGCUCAGAAUCCUCAGUCAAGCUUCCACCAAGUCCACCUCUCUCCAGGAAACCGUGCGCGCCAUUUGGGGCAACCAGGGCGUACGCGGCCUCUACCGUGGAUUGGGCGUAACUGUGGUUCGUGAGUGUCAGGCUUAUGGUGUGUGGUUUAUGAGUUACGAAUGGCUUCUCCAGACAGUUAUUCAGCUGAGAGGGUAUAAAGGUAGAGAAGACGUUUCAACGCCUGAGCUUUUGGCGUGUGGUGCUGCUGCCGGUAAUGCGUUAUGGUUAUCGAGUUACCCAUUGGAUGUGAUUAAGAGUAAUGUUCAGAGCGAUAAGUUUGGUCCUGAGUCUCGGUUCCAGGGUCUGGCGUUGAAGGCUGCGCGGGAGAUAUGGGCCACUGCGGGCGCUAGAGGGUUCUGGAAGGGACUUGGGCCUUGUUUGGUUCGUGCUGUGCCAUGCAGUGCAGGUACAUUUGCAGCUGUGGAAACUGCCCUUAGAGUUUUGGGUUGA